UCACUCUUCCCUUCCUUCCUCCCAUCGAAUAUUUUCUACAUAGUACUCAUGAUAAUACUUAUGGACUAACAUACACACGAGAGAACACAAAUAACUAUUUGUUCACGUGCAUACAAAAAGAGGAGGGUAUCAGGGGGUGAGGUAUCAGGGGGUGAGGUGUCAGAGGUAAUGAGUGAGAUAUGACGAAGUGGGAAAGGUGUGGACCUGGCUGCAAGGGUACGGAUGAGUGACCUGACCCUUGCCUGACCCCCCUUACCUGAGGUACAAGGUGUUUAUAAGGCCACACACCACCGCAGUGGCUCCAUUCUAUCCACGACCUCCGAAGAAGCAGGUAUCAGCCAUCAGGAGCCACCUCAAGCAAGCGGCAUGGCGCAACAGGACGGCGUGGAGAGGCUCGACGCCUCGGCGUUCAGCAACACCCUGAUCCCCGACAUGCUGCUGCAGCCGAAGGGCUACGAAGCUGAUGUCGUGUUAUUCAGGGCCACGAUGCUGCUGAACGAGGAGCGCGUUUGUGUGUGCGAUGUGCUGGAGAUGCUUCGAGUGAUACGGCGAGACAUCCUCGAGAACGCCGCCGAGGAGGCGCAGAUGGUGGCGGAGACAACGGGCCUUGGGCUGCUGACGCUGGAGAUGCUGGGAAAGCUGAACGUGCACCGGCACUUUACGCUCCGGGGCAAGUGGGAGCGGAUCGCCUUCCUCGCCGUGUCCUGCUUGAACCUGUGGCAGCCGGGCGUGUUCCGCCCCGGCAGGGCCAUGGCGUGGGGAGUCAAGCUGUGGGUAGGGGAGGCUCUGUUCCGCGACGACCUGUGUCCCAACGCACUGCUGCGCCUGGAGCUGCUGCGCUUUGUCGCCAUGUGGGACGUGAUGGACAUGAUGGAGCCGUACCUCGGCUUCUUCACGACGCGUGGGCUCCUGCACAACGCCCUCCACCUCUCUGCGUCCCGCCUGCUGCCGGUGGGCCGCGAGGGGCUGCUGGGUGUUCUCAGGACGGUGCUCUACGACCUGCACGUCGCCAAUCGCCUGGGGCCUCUCGUGGCGAGGAGCUGCAGAAGGAUCGAGGCUCUGGAGGUGCGGCACAAUGAUAAGGUUUUGGCCCACCUGGUGCAGCUGAUGGGCAAGGCGGCGGAGCGGCUGCGGUGGAUGCGGCGCAAAAAGAUCAAGUCGUCGCGCAAGACCAUCGCGGAAUUUAUUGAGAUUGUGAGGAUCUUGCUCCUCCUGACGGCGGUGCCGCCCUACCUAAAGCUGUACGACCUACCGGGGAUGUGCCAGCUGGCCGGCGGCGCCGUCGCCACCACCCUCCGCUGCAUCGUACUGACGCCCGUCGACGCGGAGGCUAACGGACACCUGAAGAGUCUGCUGUGUGACGUGGACGAGUACUUCCUCUGCCUCGGCACCCACCAGAGCCGCGGCACGCUGCUGGAGGACCUGCGGCGUCACCAUGGCCGCGCACUGACCCAGUUCAGCGAGAGAAUGCUGCGGCACGGCUGCCAGCCGUCCUACGUGCCCCAGCCGCUGGAGGAGCGGCGGCCGUGCGUGCCCAGGUUUAUGGACGGCAUGACGAAGCGGCUCAUGGAGCGGCCGGUGCGGCUGGAGGCGGUGGACGGCGUGGUGGACUGUUCGACGCUGCUGCGUUUCAUGCUGGUGCAGGAGAUUGAUCCCUGGACCGGCCGCCCGCUCGAGGACCUCGCCUACACGCCCCUUGACGGCCUGCGGGACGAGAUACGCGCCUGGAAGAGGGAGGUCGCCCGCGGCGAGCACGACCAGGACGAGGACGGCGAACAA